AUGGAAAAACUUAUUGGAUGUUAUGAGAUUCACUUAGAUAAGAAGUUUAACAAAGAAAGAGAAGAGUCAAUUUACGAUUGCAUCAACACCGAUACAAAAAUAAAAUGUUUUGCAAGAAUUUUAAAUAAAAGAGAUUAGAAUAUAAAUUGUUAAACAUUUAAUUAAGAACGAAAAGUAUUAGAAUAAUUAAAAUGGCUAAGACAUGAUAAUCUCUUAACUAUAUAUGAUUACAAAGAAGAGGUAGAUUCUAUAUACUAGUUUUGUGAAUUAUAUGAUGAAACACUUGUUGAAUAUAUGAAACCAGAAAAUUUUAUCACAAAAUUCUAAUUUUUUGAUUUCAUAUCAUAAAUAAGUUCAGGAUAUAUGGAACUAAAGAAAUUAAAUAUUAUUCAUAGAGAUUUAAAACCAGAAAGUAUAAUAAUAAAAAAACAUUUUAAUGACAUUAAAUAUAAGAUUGCUGACUUUAGGAUGAGUAGAAUAAUUGAUAAUUAAGAAAAUUUACAUACAAAAGUUAUGGUAAAUACAAAAUAUUGUUCACCAGAGACUUUAUUAAAUAAUAUGAAAUCUAGUUAUGAAUCAGAUAUUUUUUCAGUAAAAUUGAUAUUGAUAUAAAAAUUAGUUUGGUAUAAUAUUGUAUGAGAUGAUAGAAGGAAAUCUUGAAAUAACUGAAAACUAGAAGAAACAGAAAGAAUUUUUUGAAGCUAUUAGAAUAAAGGGUUUUAAAGAAUACUAUAAAGAAAGGGAAACUUAAGUAAUUUUUUAUAUGAGAUAGAAUAAUUUACCAGAAGGAAUUUUGUACAUAUUAGAUAAUUUGAUUGUUUAUGAUCCAUCAAAGAGAAUUACAUGGGAAAAUUUGAAUAGUUUAGUAACUUAACAAUUGAGAGAAUAUUAUACAUAUUAAUAACCAAUUUCAGAAAGAGCAGAAAUCAAUUUGAAUCAUAAAAUGUCUGUAGGAAAUUAAUCCAAUCUUAAUUAGAUGGUCGAAAAUACUAAUUUUUUAAAUUAAAAUACCACAAAAUUUAAAAAAAAUGAUAAUAAUUAAUUCUUUAAUAAUUAGAAUCCACAAUCAAAAUUUCAUAGAUAACACUUAAGAACAGAAAGUGAUAUGAAUAUUUAAUAAAUUGUGAAUCUUUAGAAAAAUCAAAAUAAUUUUAAUUAAAAUUUAUUCCAACCAAAGAAUAAUCCAUAAAAUAAUAGAAUCAAUUUUAAUACAUUAAAAUGA